AUGCAGUUCCGCCGCACCUACCAGCGCCGCCUCGCGCCCGGCGAGCCGGACAUCAUCACCCUCAGGGACGUGAAGGACGUGGUGCUCUUCCUGGCGACACCGCGGCCGCCCCCGGAGUUCAUGGACCUGUUCCACACCAAGACCGCCGACCGCUUCCUCAGGGCGCUCAUACUCUACUUCCGGAUAUACCUACAGUCGUACACCGAGCUGCGCAGCAAGCGCGAGGCCCUGGCCAAGAAGUUGGCGCUGCCAGUGGUGGGGAUGGUGGAGCGCAUGCGCCAGGACUUGUCGGACGCGCGCGCGCUUGUGGGCCGCGACUACGCCUGCCUGAUGCUGGACAGGGUCAAGUGCUGGCUGCACAAGGGCCUCACCCCGAGGGAGACCGAUACCAGGGACCUGCGCAUCGCCGAGUCACUCAUCAGGGUGUCAGCGCGCGUCGUGUGGGUGUGCUUGGGCCGGCGCAGCCUGGGGCUGAUCGAGCGCGAGACGAACCGGCUGUUCCGCUCGGACCCGUUCAACAUCGCCGAGCGGCGCCAGCGGCGGCGCUUCGAGCCCACGCCCGUGGACGACCCGCCGCCCGACAUCUGCAAACUGCACGCCUGCUCUCCCGCCGCGCUGGAGCUGCUGCGGCCCCGGGACGACUACCGCACGCUCGCCAUCGCCGUCGUCGAUUGGCAACCGAAAGACGAGCGGCUAAGUACGCUGGAGAAGUAUCUGAUGUGUCCGGAAGAAGAGCUGGAGGGCCUGAUGGGGCUACUAGGAAGGCCCCGAGAGGACUACGACGACAUGCUGAGACCACUCGCGCCGACCAAGCUCAACAUAGAGUCCAUUGAGGCCUGGAAGGGGUCAGCAGGGUCAGUUUUACCGUUUCCAUUGGUGGAGCUGCCACCACGAGAGGAGCCGCCGGAGGCACUGGCCGGGUUGCCCGCAGGGCUACAGCCCGUGCGCACACCAGAGGGUGGUGACAGCAAGCGGCGUGAGGCGCGCAUGGUCUGGAUGGUGCGCUUCGCGGAGCUCCUCUGAAGUGACCAGAGCGACUCGUUGUAAAAGCA